AUGAAGAGAGUUAUUGAAUGUGUACCGAAUUUCUCUGAAGGUCAACGGAAAGACGUCAUCGACGCCAUUGCCCAUGCUGUUGCAACUAUCCCAGGUGUAUCUUUAUUGGAUGUUGAUUUCGGUAUUGCAACAAACCGAACCAUUUACACUUUUGUCGGACAUCCACAAGGCGUUGUUGAAGCAGCACUCGCUGCUGCUCGAGUAGCGCAUAAUCUAAUCGACAUGACAAAGCAUGUUGGCGAACAUCCACGAAUCGGUGCGAUGGAUGUAGUACCGUUUGUACCUGUACGGAAUGCGACAAUGGCUGAUUGUAUUGCUCUAGCACGUGAAUUUGCUGUUCGAUUGGCAUUGGAAUUGCAUAUACCUGUUUAUUUAUACGGUGAAGCACAGGAGAAAGAAUAUCGAAAAGAUCUGGCACAAAUACGCGAAGGAGAAUAUGAAGGAUUGGCACAUAAAAUUCGACAGCAAGAAUGGGAACCUGAUUUUGGACCAAGUGAGUUUGUUCCUUCGUGGGGAGCGACAUGUGUUGGGGCAAGGAAAUCUUUGAUUGCUUUCAAUAUUAAUAUACUUGGCACGAGAGAGCAAGCAUAUCGUAUUGCAAUGAACCUCGGACAGGAAAGACGUGACAUCGACGAACCUGGAAAAUUAAAAUGUGUUCGUGGCCUUGGUUGGUGGUCAUCGGAAGGUAAUUUAGCUCAAGUUUCAUUGAACUUGACUGAUUUUGAAAUCACAAAUAUCCAUGUUGCUUACGAACAAUGUGUUCAAGAAGCUGAACUACUCAAUCUUGGCGUUUGUGGUUCUCAAAUCAUCGGCAUUGUACCGUUAAAGUCUUUACUACUCGCUGCAGAUUAUUUCAUUCGAAAGGAGAAUCUCUUCGUUCUAGAAGAAGAUCAAAAGAUUCGCUUAGUUAUUCAACGCUUAGGUCUAAAUUCAAUUACACCGUUCAGUCCAAAGGAUCGAAUUAUUGAAUAUAUUAUUCGCGAACGUGAAGGACAAGAAGACAGUUUAACUUCCAUGGAAUUAAAAGAUUUAAUCAAGCAUGUUAGUGCUCGAAAUCUUAUUCCAGGUGGAGGUUGUGUCACUUCGUUAGUCGCAACAUUCGGUACGGCAUUGAGCACAAUGUGUGCAUCAUUGACUUAUGGAAUGCGAAAAUACGAACCAGUGGAGAAUGAAAUACGUGCUCUUACCGUUCUAUUUCAUACAGCAAUAUCAACAUUGAUGAAAACAUUAGAUGAAGAUACGAACGCAUUUAAUUCCUUUUUAAUGGUACAGAAAAUGGCAGAAAUAAGUGUGGAAGAAAAACGCUUUAAACGGUUAACUGAAAAGCAUUGUUUACAGAAUUGUCUCGAUAUUUCGCUCGAUAUCGCUCAACAGGUCAAUCAGCUAUGGGAGCCAUUACGAAAAUUGGCGUUGCUAUUCAAUAUUCAAACGAAAGCGGAUUUUCUGAUGGCAAUCAAAUGUCUGGAAACUGCAGUCUAUGGCGCAUGCAAACGUCUGGAAUUCCUUUCUUCUUCAUUAUUAGACAAUAAUAACGAUACCAGUGAUUCACAGGUCAUUACUAUACGAAAUACUUAUUUAGAAACAGCAAAGACAUUACUGGACGAUGCACAACGAGAAAGUCAAUCUAUUUUAACUUUCGUUGAAGAAAGAUAUUUCUAA